AUGUCCGACUGGGCGCUCCUCGGGCUGAUCGCAGCAGUGGUCACGCUGCUGCUGCUGACCAUCUUCGGUUUCGUUGUCUACUCGGGGCUCUUCACGGAGGUGGUAGUGAGUGCUGGCUCCCCGCCCGUCGGCAACAUCACGCUGGCCUACAAGUUCAGGGUGGGCCCUUACGGCGAGUCCGGGCAGCUCUUCACGGACGGCUGCAGCAUCUCUUCGAAGCUGUGCUCCAUCGGCGUCUACUAUGACAACCCUCACACGGUGUCUCCGGAGAAGUGCCGCUUUGCCAUAGGCCGAAUCCUGAGCGAGGGAGACGCAAAGCCGUCAGAAGAGCAGAUUAAGCGGUUCCAGAAGUAUGGCUUCAAGAUCUUCUCUUUCCCCGCUCCCAGCCACGUGGUUAUGGCGACCUUUCCAUUCACCACGCCGCUCUCCAUCCAUCUAGCAGUCAACCGUGUCCACCCGGCCCUUGACACCUACAUCAAGGCAGCUGCGUGCUGGUACCGGCAGAAG